AUCUUUGGCUAUAGCCACGAGGUUGUGUCAAGGAGUUAUUUUGUGAUUUUUCCGGUGUUUGGGUAAAUUACCUAAUUAAAAUGCCUUCUAGUAAUCCUUUACCCCCAAAGGAAAACUCUCUUUUCAAACGAAUACUGAAAUGCUAUGAGCAGAAACAGUAUAAGAAUGGAUUGAAGUUUGCCAAGCAAAUCUUAUCAAAUCCCAAGUUUGCUGAACAUGGUGAAACUUUGGCAAUGAAAGGUCUGACACUUAAUUGCUUGGGGCGCAAAGAAGAAGCAUACGAGUAUGUUCGGCGUGGCCUGCGUAAUGACUUGCGAUCUCACGUGUGUUGGCACGUGUAUGGACUCUUGCAACGGUCAGACAAGAAAUAUGAUGAAGCAAUAAAAUGUUAUCGCAAUGCUCUGAAAUGGGAAAAAGACAAUAUUCAAAUUUUACGUGAUUUAUCACUUUUGCAAAUUCAAAUGCGAGAUCUGGAAGGCUACAGGGACACAAGAUAUCAACUCUUCAUGUUGAGACCAACUCAACGAGCAUCUUGGAUUGGUUUUGCCAUGUCUUAUCAUCUUCUAAAAGAUUAUGAUAUGGCCUUGAAGAUAUUAAAUGCAUUUAGAAAGACCUUACUUCAGACUAUAAUUGACUAUGAACAUAGUGAGUUGUUGCUGUACCAAAACAUGGUGAUCCAAGAGUCCGGGGCCCUAGUAGAUGCUCUCAGACAUCUAGAUCAGUUUCAGACUGAAAUAUGUGAUGAACUCUCUGUACAAGAAAUACAUGGCAGCCUUUACUUGAAGCUAGGCAAGUUCAGUAGUGCUGCGGAGGUGUACAGGAAGCUAUUACAGCGUAACCCUGAGAACACAGGCUACUACGGCAGUCUAGCAGACGCUCUACAACUACACAAGUCUGAGGAGAGACUGUCACUGCUGGCGGAGUACAGAGAGGUAUAUCCCAAGGCACUGGCUCCGGCACGUCUCUACUUGAACUAUGCUCAAGGUGAACUGUUCAAACAGGAGGUAGACAGGUACCUGAGACGAGGCUUACAUAAAGGAGUGCCUCCUCUGUUUGUGGACCUCAGGUCUCUUUAUAAGGAUAAGGAAAAGGUGGCAGUAAUCCAACAACUAGCUGAGCAAUACGUCCAAGCCCUCAGUAAAAAUGGGCGGUUCAGUUUGGACGAAACAAACGAGCCUAAGGAGCCUGCUUCUGCUCUGUUGUGGGUAUAUUACUACUUGGCACAACACUGGGACUUCUUGGGCAACACAGACAAGGCUCUGCAAUACAUCAAUGCAGCCAUUGAACACACACCUACACUCAUAGAGCUCUUCGUCACCAAAGGCAGGAUAUACAAGCAUGCAGGAGAUGUAGUUGAGGCAUUCAAGUGGCUAGACGAGGCUCAAGGUCUGGACACAGCUGAUAGGUACAUCAACUCCAAGUGUGCCAAGUACAUGUUGAGGGCCAACUUAAUCAAAGAGGCUGAGGAAACGUGUUCCAAGUUUACUAGGGAAGGUGUGUCUGCAAUGGAAAAUCUAAAUGAGAUGCAAUGCAUGUGGUUCCAAACAGAGUGUGCCCUUGCCUACCAGAGGUUAGAGAAGUGGGGAGAAGCUUUAAAAAAGUGCCACGAAGUAGACAGGCACUUCUCAGAAAUAAUAGAAGACCAGUUUGACUUUCACACAUACUGCAUGCGAAAGAUGACAUUAAGAUCUUAUGUGGGACUCCUGCGGCUAGAAGACGUUUUAAGAUCACAUCCAUUUUAUCUGCGUGCUGCGAGAUGUGCGAUACAAGUCUACCUCCAUCUUCACGACAAACCACCUCAGGACGAGACUGCAGAGCAGGAUACCAAUACAGAAAACCUGGCACCUUCAGAGCUGAAGAAGCUACGUAACAAGCAACGAAAAGCAAAAAGAAAGGCUGAACUGGAGAAAGCAGCAGCAGCAACAGUAGCUGAGAAAAGAGAGCAACACAAGAACAGACAAGCGGACACUGAGCCUGACGCACCUCCUCAGGAUGAGCUGGUGCCAGACAAACUAGCCAAGGUGGACGAUCCAUUAGACCAAGCCAUCAAGUUCCUGCAGCCCCUACAAUCCCUGUGCUCCAACCUGCUGGAGACCCACCUAAUGGCAUUUGAGAUAUACUCCAGAAAAGACAAAGCGCUGCUGAUGCUGCAGAGUGUGAGGCGGAUGCACCGACUGGCCCCUGACCAUCCAGAGGUCCACAGCUGUGUCAUCAGACUGGCGCUGAGGUAUAAGGAGUGGCUGGCUCAGGACAGACUGUCAGAGCCAUGCAAGCAGGUGCUGGAGACAUGUCUGGGACCCAUCACUGGUGACCGAUCUCCUCACACCAUCAACCAACAGUUCCUGGACACUCACUCUCACUACCUCCCUGCUGUCUUCCAAGGUGCGAAAAUGAUGUAUUUACUGGAUCCUUCAAGUCAAGCAACUGCCAUUAAACUUGUGACUAACUUGGAUUCUACGAUGGAAGGAGUUACCGUUCCGGUUUGUACAGCAGUGCUCAACUCUCUACGGAAGGGUGAGUUUGGUGACUGUGGGGAUGCUGCCAGUGAGUACAUGACCCUGUGUCACCAACGCUUCCCUCUGGCCACAGCCUUCAACCCCUCCCCACCUCCGGCCACACCAUCCCGUGGCCACGUACUGGAGAGUCAAGAGAACUGCCUCAGCAACUGACACUGUCAUCAAGGUUCAGACCUAAAUCAACCCCAGCAGAGUAUGUGUGUGGCUGAACUAUGUUAGCCACUGUCAUUCAUGUACAGAUCAACGCCAGUCACAUCAAUCGACUACUAUAUUUUAUUUAUUUAAGUAUUUCUUGUGUAUAGAGUUGGUUCAUUCAGAAUAUUAUAAAAUGACAUUAAAAUAUUCUCGAUGAAGUUUGUACAAAAUGUUACUAUUUAUGUGUUGUUGUUAAGAAUCGAUUGUUAGUCAUUAGAAACUAUCACUUUAGCGAGUCUGUUGUGAAACAGUAGUACAGACUUUUUAAACUUUGUACUGUUAAAUAUUGAUUUUGUUAUGACUGCCUUUGUUAUGUUAAAUAUCUGCAGAAAAGUUGCAUGUAGGAGAAUAUAUACCGUACUUGCAAACAAGAGAAUUGCUUUUAGAAGUAAGCAUUUAUAAUAGUUUUUUUUUUUUUACUAUCAGGAAUUUUUUAAUUUAUAUUGCUUAAACUGCAUAUUAUUAAAUUACCAAUAAUUUGCUUAAUUGCAAAUUGUUGUACUUUCUACACUAAAUUAUCUUUUUCUUGUUCCAAAAACGUAUCUACCAAUAAAAGACUGAUUUAUUAGGUACGGCCUUAGAUCAAAUUGUAACUGUUUUAAAUUGCAACAUUAUUUGUAUCAUAAUUAAACGUUUUAAUACAGUACUUUUAUUUCUCUUCAAAUUAAUACAAUUUUUUGUCCAGUUGUAAAAGUUGUAUCAAUUAGUAUGACCUCAAGGAAGGGCAGUGCAAGGAAGACAAAGCAUUUCCCACCACUCUUCCCCUACUUUUAAUGCAUACAUUUAAUUAGAUCUAACAUAAAUUUUGAUAUGUCUGUGCGAAAUAAAAGCUAUGGAGGUGGGAAAUGGUUCUAAUGUGAAUGCACAUCCUGCUUGUCACUAAAUAAUUCAACUCAACUACAUGAGAAUCAGGAGUAAACCUUUAAAGCUUUUUAAUACUUAAAAAAAAUAAAGUCAACAUUUUAAAGUACAUACACUUAAUGUGAGUAAACCUAGAAUUUAUUUAAAAUAAAUCAAUAUGUUGUUUGGUUUGUAGCAUUAUGUAGUUUCCACCCAGAGAUCUGAUGCGUGAUUACCUUUUAGUACAAGUUUAUGAAUGAUAAAUAACUCAAAUUUGAAGAAACCAUUUUAUUUAAUGUAAUGACAGCUCAACAAUACAUUUGGCAUAUUCAUUUAUUUUAAAAAGUUAAGCAAGUUUUUUUUAUUUUUUUACCAAAGCUUUUUGAUCUAAAAAAUAAUGCUAAAGCCAAACACCUCUAAGGGUGUAUCACAAUGGAGUAACAAUUCAGAAGAGAAUAAAUAAAAACGUAGAAGAGAAUAAAUUUGAUAAAAAAAUUUAAAAUGCACUGUAUUACAUUUUGGGAGGAUAAGCUAACUCAUAACAUUUUUUUGAUACUGCCUCCCGGAUCUUCUAUUUGAAUGAUUAUUUUAGUGAAUUUCCCAUUUAUGGAAUAAGCUAUUACCGUAGGUCUCAUGGUAAGACCUGGACCCCCUACUCUAUUAACCGUAUUAUUACGGUUAUUGUGCCCCUAAUGGCUACGGAAAAAAUUCCAAAAAAUUGUUAAUUUAAAAUUCCCCUGUUAUUCUUAUGAAGAAUAUGUAAACUAUUGUAGUUUGCUUGUUUAUGAACAUAUUUUGAUCAAAUUUGGAAAAUGUUUUUAAUUAUUACUAAACUGUUAACAUAAAAAAAAUGUUACCCUCCCUGUUGCAGCAAACCGUAAGGCCAUGCCACACCGACAUCCACCGCAGGAGUACCUCGCAUGGACGUUUUACCUUAAGCCAUGUCACACCAAAAGUACCGUGUCCGCGGCGGGAGAUUUGAGGUGGUUUCGUUAAAAUUUGUUUUACAUAAGAAACACAUCUUACCUAUUUAGUAUGCCAUGUAAAUUUUCUGUUUUAUUUAUUUUUUUAAGUAGUAAAGUGCUUAAGAAGCAAUGUUAGGCCUAUUUAUUUAGUAGUAUAUUGUACAUUAAAAAGUGAACUGUAAUUAUUAUUUUUUUAUAAUUUAGACUUUGUUUGUAGUGAACACAUUUUCAAUAUGGUUGAGGGUAAAUCACCCACUUUUAGUUUUUUUAAAGAAAGUUUUAAAACUAAUCUAAAUUUUUCAAAGCCUUCUAUUAAAAGUUCAAGUUUACAUUGAUUGUACAGUUUUUGUUGUUUUGAUAGGAUUUGAUAGGAAACAUUAAAUUUGCAUGAUAAACAACCAUGAUUUUUUUCUGGUAAUAAACAUAUCACGGAAACAAUUGAUUACAUAGUAGGGAAGCAAUAAUACUAAACAACACACAUCAUCAAAGAAAAGAAACAUGUUAAAUUUAAUUUAAAACUGUAUUAUUUUUAAGCUUUCAAAUAGCUUGGCCAUUUGAGAUACACCUUUCCGCAUGCGCCAGACAAAACUCUGGCGUGUUAGUCUCAAAAAAUCGCUCAGCAAGCAGGCAUGGUGGACACUACUGCACGCCUGCAGGCGUAACUUGCGGUGUAACUUGGCACAUUUGAUAACAUGGUGAGUGAUUUUUCAAAAUUCGCUCCCGCCGUGGUAGCGAGCUCGGUGUGACUUGGCCUUUAGUACUAGUUGUUAAACUAAUUCUAUUUAGGAAAUAUAUGUGAUAUUUUUAAAGAGACAUUUUGGUGUAAAGCCAAUCAGGCAAAUGGAAAUUCGCUUAGUCUGCAGGUUUGCUGCGGCGAGGGUAUUUUAUAUCCCACCUUCACAUCCUAGGAUGCUAGGCACCAGUCCGGAACUGUUUUACACAUUACUUCAGGUUAGUCUUAGAGGGUCCAGCAUUAUCACAUAAAUACAAUUUGUUGGUGAUUUAUGGGAUUCGAACCUUGGAACUCGGCCUCUAAUGCCGCGUGCUCUACCACUAGACCAGUCGCCCCCGCUUCUUUUUUAAUUAAAUUCCAAAGGGUUCCAGCUCAGUUCUUAGGGUCCUUACUCGUUCAAAUAUCUUGUUCAUGGCCUGUUCCUUAACAGCAACCUAUUGUUAUUUGUUGUUAAGUAGAUUAGAUUUACUUGUCAAACACCAGGGGUCAGGAGUAAGAUUAAAUUGGUUUUGUAGUUUUUAUUAGAACUAAGGUUUGUAGCUGUAGGACAAUUUACUCCACCGAGUCUGUUUUGAUUUGUGUUAAGUUAAUUUCGUUUGUGAGAACGUUAGCUUGUGAAAAGAAUUAAGUCAGUCUCAUCAAAUUUUAUUAACAUAUUGAAUCAGUAAAUGAAGUUGAAAGUUAAACCUACUGAUUCAAAUGAAAAUAAAAAUUAAAAAUCUAAAUGUAUUAUACCUGCAGUGCUUGAAAUAGGUACAAAUACAUUCUUACAGAAUGUAAAAAUUGUUAAUAGUAUUGUUUUGUAUAUACAAAAUGCAAAGUCUUAGUUGUGUUAAUAGUGUGUUUCAGUAUAUAUAAUUUAAUAAUAAUAUUUAAUUUUUAAUAGGUUUGACCUUUUACCAUGUAAACAUUCUGUUCUAAAGUCAUUAAGUAGUGGGACUUGCUAAUUAAUUUUGUAAAUAAAUAACCUAAAUGUAAAUUUUCAGAGUCCGCAACUAUAGUUUUCUCUUGUUUCAUGGUUUUUUAAGUAAUUUUAUAUUGCAAAAGCUCGAAAGAAGAGUAUCUAAAUAAAUAUUUAUACCGAGA